AUGGGUGUUGUUGGCUCAUUACCUGCUCCUUCUUCACCAUCUACAUCAAAUAAUACAACUGAAAUGUCACAUGAAGAAUCUGUAGAUGAAUGUAGUUACUCUGUUAUGACCGUUCAUGAACAAGAUGGACAUAAAAACUUGCCACCAAAAGUACAUGUUAGUGAUGAUGAUAAUGAUGAUGAUGAUGAUAAUAAAUCUGACUGUGAUAACUGUUUUAUAGCGAAACCUGCUGUAGUUCUAAAAUAUGGUCCUAUAAAAGUAACUGUUCGUCCAUCUGCCGCACCAACAUUAGCAACUGGACGUCGUUCAAAAUUUGUUAAACUUGAAGGUGAUGCAGCUAUAAAACGUGAAUUAAGACGUAAAAGAAAUCGUGAAGCAGCAAAAAAAUUAAAAGCAAAACGAGAAUUUAUCGAGCGACAAUUAGAAAAAGAAAUUAGUGAAUUAGAAUGCAAAGAACAAGAUUUAUUAUUGACAGUUAAAAAUCUUGAAUUAUAUAAAGAACAACUUGAAGCACAAUAUCGACAAAUUAUUUCCCUUCAAGCACAACUUAGUCAAAGAGCCAUGUCAGCAUUAAAACACGUUGAACGUAAUCGACAACUAUAUCAAAGUAUGCCUAUUCAUCAUAAUGAUGCACAUUUAAAACAAGAACCACGUCCUUCGUCACCACAAUGGCAAUUACUUUUUAGUAUAUAA